GCCGUCAUGCUGCUGUCCUCCCUGGGUGUGCCUGACGCGGUGCUGGAGGCGCGGCAGGCGGCUCACCUGGCUGAGCUGGCGCACAUGGGGGUGGAGGAGGAGGUGGCGCUCAAGUACCUGCUGGCGGCCAACAAGGUGGAUGAGGCUGAGCUACUUGCGGAGUACGGCAUGGCUCCUGCUGCUGCUGGGGGGCUUCGGCUUGAGGCAGUGGCGGAAGAGGAGGAAGAAGCGGAGGAAGAGGACGAGGCGGGCCGGCAGGCCGCUGCUGCCGCUCGGCGUCGGGUGCGGCGAGCGGUUCUGGAGCUGCAGCGGGAGGAGGUGGAUCGGCUGGUGAAGGAGCUGCCGCCGCUGAGGCCGCGGAAGGCGGUGGGGCAGCAGCAGGCGGAGCAGGCGGGAGAAGAUGAGGGGGAGAAGGCAGUGGCAGGUGUCUUGGGGGAGGCGGCGGAAGCAGCGGAUGAAGCCGCUGCGGCUGCGGCGGCCCCAGCUGCGCUGGAG